AUUAAUGUCUGUAAACAUGCACAGCUGCAUAAAGGCAGUCAUAUCUGUUUUGAAUAAUUCAUCUGCAGUGAAAUUGCGUGGCUCUAGGGUUUCCAUGCUUUCAUUGUCCCUGUUUCGGGUCGAUGGGUGACGAGAAAAAGUGAACUUCUCAUGGGAGUUACCCAUCCUGUAGGAGCCCAUGCACACACAAACAUACAGUCGGUCAACUGCAUUGAGGGGUGGGAUGAGGUGCAUCCAUUUGUGCCAAGAGAGCCAUUAUUAAAAGAAGGACACUUUAAACUCACCCACUUGAGACCUGCAUCCAAAGGGGGACUGGUCAGCAGCACAGGACAGGGGCAUGAGAGAAGAUGUCCCAGGACAAUCUCAUCACCUCUGACAUUGACAUUGACAUUGGAUUGGACUCUGCAGCUGAUGAGGACCAAACCUCUCAGGAUGUGAACGGUCAUGAAAACAGCAGGAGGAGAAGAAGAGCAAAUGACAAAGAACGACGGAAAAGAGGGAGGAGCAGGAGCCAAGUCUCCAGCACCGGAGAGGAGACCGAGGAACCAGGGGAGCAAACUAAGAAACGCGAACGAAGCAGGAGAAGAAAAACAAAUAAUAAUCACAAAGAAAGGGAACAAGAAAAAGAUGAGGAUGAUAAAAAGGAGGUACAAGAGAAAAAUGGCAAAGCAGCAAAGAGCAAGAAAAACCUAAAGAAUGAAAAAACCAAAAGGAAGGAAAAAGACUCAGAGAAGGAUACUGGAGAAACAGUGGGAAAAGGGAAAGACAAAAAAAAGAAAGAAAGUGCCAAAAAAGAAAAGAAGGAAGAGGAGACAGUAAAGAAAAAGAAGAAAAAAGUAAUUGAAACAAGUUCAGAACAGGAGUCAAGUGAAGAAGAGAAUGAAGAAGAGGAGCAAACCGAUGAUGUGGUACGGCCUGAAACGCUCACACCGGAAGAACUGGAGAAACUGAAGGAGGCUGUGGAGGACAGGAAAAAACUUAUCCAGGGUCUGAGAGGAAAACCUUGGCCAAUGAAACAGAAACUAGUCACUUUAAAGGAGUCUCAGGAGUUUGUAGAGAAAUAUGAGGGCGCACUGGGAAAAGGAAAAGGAAGGAAGUUCUAUGCGUACAAAGUCAUGAUGACCAAAAAAUGGAUGAAAUUUCAAAGAGAUUUUGAAAACUUUAAAACAGCUUGUAUCCCAUGGGAAAUGAAAAUAAAGGAAAUAGAAAGUCAUUUUGGGUCCUCUGUGGCAUCAUAUUUCCUCUUUCUGAGGUGGAUGUAUGGUAUCAACAUGAUUUUGUUUGGUUUGACCUUUGGCCUGGUCAUGGUACCAGAGGCACUGAUGGGGCGUCCCUAUGGCAGUAUACCGAGGAAGACUGUCCCGAGAGCAGAAGAGGGCAGUGCCAUGGACUUUGCAGUUUUAUGGGACUUUGGUGGUUAUGCACAGUAUUCAGUCCUUUUCUAUGGUUUUUAUAACAACCAGCGUGCCAUUGGCUGGCUCAAAUAUCGCUUGCCUCUGUCUUACUUCCUGGUUGGUGUGGGCACAGUUGCUUAUAGCUACAUGGUGGUCAUUAGAACAAUGGCUCGUAAUGCAAAUGAAGGUGGAGUUGGAGAUGACAACAGCUUUAAUUUCAGUUGGAAAAUGUUCACAAGUUGGGACUAUCUGAUCGGAAACCCUGAAACUGCAGACAAUAAAUUUGCCUCCAUUACCACCAGCUUCAAGGAAGCAAUCUUAGAAGAACAAGAAAGUCGAAAAGAUGACAAUAUCCACCUGACUCGUUUUCUGCGGGUUCUGGCCAAUUUCCUGGUCCUUUGCUGCUUGGCAGGAAGUGGGUACCUCAUCUACUUUGUAGUACGGCGCUCUCAAAAGUUUACUCUGGAUGGGUUGGAGAAUCACAGCUGGUGGGAAAGAAAUGAGGUGAAUAUGGUCAUGUCAUUACUGGGAAUGUUUUGCCCCAUGCUGUUUGACGUCAUCAGCGCCCUGGAGAACUACCAUCCCCGUGUGGCUCUGCAGUGGCAACUUGGACGCAUCUUCGCUCUCUUUUUAGGCAACCUGUACACCUUUAUCAUUGCUCUGAUGGAUGAGAUCAACGUUAAAAGAGAGGAGGAGAAGAUAGUCAAGUAUAAUAUCACUAUGUGGGAAGGCAGUCUUUAUAACGGCACCUUAUCAGAAAACAACACAGCUGCACCAAUCACAGUGCACCCUGCUGAUGUUCCCCGGGGGCCCUGCUGGGAGACAAUGGUGGGCCAGGAGUUUGUCCGGCUAAUUAUUUCUGAUACCAUGACAACCUACAUCACCCUUCUGAUUGGUGAUUUUUUGAGAGCUGUUCUCGUUCGGUUUCUUAACUACUGCUGGUGUUGGGAUCUGGAGGCUGGAUUUCCAUCAUAUUCUGAAUUUGACGUGAGCGGCAACGUCCUGGGUCUAAUCUUCAACCAAGGAAUGAUAUGGAUGGGUGCGUUUUAUGCACCUUGCUUGCCCGCCCUGAAUGUCCUGCGUCUCCACGUCUCCAUGUAUCUGCAGUGUUGGGCAGUGAUGUGCUGUAACGUGCCACAAGAAAGAGUUUUUAAGGCUUCAGGAUCCAAUAACUUUUACAUGGCCAUGCUCCUAGUAAUCCUCUUCCUCUCCACUCUGCCAGCUAUAUACACUAUAGUCAGCAUCCCUCCUUCAUUUGAUUGUGGACCAUUCAGUGGGAAGAAUCGAAUGUUUGAUGUAAUUCAAGAGACACUAGAGUCAGACUUCCCAGCCUGGUUUGGUAAAGUCUUCAGCUAUGCCUCCAACCCUGGACUAGUGCUGCCCUUCAUAUUACUCAUGGUCCUGGCCAUAUAUUACUUGCAGUCCACAUCAAAAAGUUACAAACAAGCUAAUGUGGAACUAAAGAAGAAACUUCAAACGCAAAACGAGGAGAACAAGAAAAAGAACAAAAAAGCAGCACUAAAAGCAGCAAUGGAUCUGGAGGAGGCGAGAAAAGCGGCAGAGCAAAAGGCAAAAGACCAAAGUAAAUGGUUUUACUUUGUAGACAUAGAAUGGGAGGACGACCACAUACAGAGACAGUACCACAGACGUGAAGUUCGUCAACAGCCCACGAGAGGUCCGAGCUCCAGACCCCACCACCACCACGGCACCUACGGGGCCCCUGGGUACCUGCCCGGGGCCCCACGGCCCACGGAGCCCAGAAUGCACCGAUCACCAAAUGUGCCAAGACACUAAGCAGUAAGACAGCAGUAAAGUAAAAACAAAGCACCUUAUCG